CCUGGUAUGCGAUAAAUAGGCCCCCAACACCGUAGUAUGAGAAACAUCCCCAUAUCAUGAUGCUUGCACCACCAUGCUUCACGGUCUUCACCGUGUCCUGUGGCUUGAAUUCAGUGUUUGGGGGGGGUCGUCUGACAAACUGUCUCCGCCCACUAGACCCAAUAAGAACAAUCUUCCUUUCAUCAGCCCCACAAAAUGUUGCGUCAUUUCUCUUUAGGCCGGUCAAUGUGCUCUUUGGCAGAUUGUAACCUCUUCAGCACACGUCUUUUUCCCAACAGUGGGACUUUGCGGGGACUUCUUGCAGAUAGCUUGGCUUCACAUACGGCGUCUUCUAAUUGUAACAGUCCUCCACAGGGAACGUCACACCUUCUUUCGUCUUCCUGGAGCUGAUUGUUGGCUGAGU